CUAUUCUCGUAAUAAUACUCUGAGGUACUUAUUAUGCUACCAUGUCGAUGACCACAAAAUAUUUGUCUUCUCAAUAUUUAAUUGCUAAAGUAAAUGUACAUGAAUGCCUAAUUACUCAUAAAGCCCAUGUUAAUCUCCCAUUCAAUUCCAUUUCUUAUAUUCCUAACACUAAACACACCGCGGCUCCUAACACAUCCACUAUCACCACAAGAUGGAAUUCGAUGAUCGUUUACGCCAAUGAUAAUGUUGAUCCUCCAGUUGAUACACCAUCUUCACCACCGGCUCGUGUUCCUUCUAGUGCUUGGAAAAAUUGGGUUAUUGGAAUUUUGAUGACAUUUGUUGUACCCUCGGUUUCGACUAAAGGAGGUCCAAUAAAAUUGAUGAUGCAGAAAGUUGAUAACAUUAUGGACACGGCGGAGCAUAUAACGGACAUAGUGGAAGCGGUCGCGGAUAAAGUCGACAAAGUGAUUGAAGAAACAGAAGGUAAUCUGCCAGAAGGCAGCCAAAUAAGAAAGACACUUGAUUACAUUGAAAAUGUGGCUGAAAGAAUUGAAAAAGAUGCUCAUACGGCCGGAGAUUAUAUUGACAAGGUUCAAGAAAUGCAAGACAAGAUAGAGUAUAUGUUGGAAUCUAUCUUAGAAGAAGCUGAAGUUACUAAAGAAGCCACCGAAAAAGAAAAGUCAAAGAGGAAAUAAAUUUGUAAAAAAGAAAAAGAUGAUAAAUUUGUAAAAUACGGUGAUGAGACGAGCCUUUUUCUACCUCUUAUGUAUAAACGUACGCCUAACGGCCUAAGUACAGCGUUGGGAUGAAAAUUAUAAAGUCUUUAAUUAAUAUCGUUCAUCUCAAAA